AAAAUAUGUGGGAGAAAGUUGACAAAACAAGAAUAUUUAAUCGCUCCAAAAUUGCCAUUCGGGAAGGCUGUUGUUUAGGGGUUGGCUCUAAUUCUAAUUCUUGAUGUUCUAUGGCUAUGGAACAAUCCCAGAAUGAAGCAAAACGAGAGACUGCGACUUCCACACUAAAACUUCUCGACGUGUUUCCACGAGACAAAGUCAUUGUCUUUAAAGUUUCUGUGAUUUUUACAAUAGACCUUAGAAUCACUAACGAAAUGCAUGAUGAAAAUGGUAACGAUUAUGACGGCUCAUUUGUGAUACCGACAAGUAUUUUAUCGGGUACAGGACGCUCGCUGAAACGAUCUAAAAGUAUUAACAACUCACGUAAUCCCUGGAUCGACUUGUCUCCAGCACCGUGUCCUGAAGAGAUCAGUAGUAGCCACGAAUCUUCGCUACCUAUUUGUUUGAGACGAUCGUCUCAGUCGGCAGCACUAAGUCCUUGCGGCAGCUUUGAAGAAUUGCCAACAGAAUUAAUCUACAACAUCCUAAAAUAUCUGCCUUGGACAAGCAUUGGGCACCUCGGCCAAACAUCCAAAGAUAUGCGAAACAUCCUCAUACGUUGGACUGGGACUUCUCGAAUGCAAUAUCGCCUAAUGCAAACGAUUUUACGUACUAGGCUAACUUCAUCACAAAAAACAUGGAACGGAAAGCUCUCUUUGCCAAGUGAACUUCAUACCGAAUGUCAACGGACGGGCGUACUUCUCAAAUUGUUGACCUGCCUCUUUCCCACCCCUCAAAGAUUGGGACUUUACUACCAGUUAACUACCGAGGUAAAGCGUGGAAUUGUGGAGCGGUCUCCGGAUUACGAGCCACAUUUAAUCGCAGCAAGUGCUGGAGUAAUCCUCCAUUCACUGAUAUCUGGUUGGGAUAAACGCGAGUGUACGAAGGUCUACUCUCUUUUAUGCCAAUGGAACAAUAUUGGCUCAACGCUGGCCGACUACAUGAAAAAUCCUAUUUCUACAAACGCAAACGUUGAAAGAAGUCUGCGAAUAUAUCUGCGUUCACUUUUCUUGGAUUUCGCUGCACCCUGUGACAGGUCAAUGUGGAUAGGAAUCGUCUUUGAUUGCCCAGAAUUGACGGAUCCCCAGGAUUUAGCUAAGCUACUUCUUCUACUGUAUGCGCCUCUCCAACCUAGCGGUGCCAUAAUAUGGGAUUUUUUCGAGGAGGACAUGGAGUUUGCGGCUUACACAGAACAGUAUAAGAUGUUGGCUGAAACUUUAGCUGGUAUUAUUACACCAGCUCGAAAAUAUUAUUCACCCCAGGAAGUGGUGGAUGUAAUCCAAUCCCUGACAGGGUUACCGACCUUAUGGCCAACUCGAUCAGCGGCGGCCUUUUUGCUGUGUCUUCACUGUGUUGACAGCAAACCUGUCAUAACAUACUUUAAGCACCUGUCAUCCAACGAACAUAGGGGAAUGGCAAUUGAAGUCCUGUCAAACAUCUUCUAUAUUGCAUCAGAAUUUAUCUCAGCCGAACCUUUGGGAAAUUCAGGAAUUAGUUAUCGAUCUGUGCUAAACCUUAUUCGUAAUGCAAUUAAUUGUGGUUGGAGCCAUGAUGACAGACAAGCGAUAGUACAAGAGAUGUGGAAUGAAAUCAGAGAGCUGUGUGUCAACUUAUUGGAUGAUGCUGUCCUGAUAGGAAAUGCUGAAGAAUUACAUAACCUGAUGGAAACAUGGAAGGAGAUCAGUAUACAACUUACCUUUUAAGAAUGCCUUACACAGGUUCGUUUUUGAAAAGGCAUCGACGCAAGUGUUUUGAUUUCACGGCAAAGCCAAGAUUGCAC